GGAAACAAAAGCAAACCUUGUUUGGACUUCAGUGCCUCUUGAUUUUGUCUUUUUUUGGCUGUCAGUGACCUGGGAGCUUUUCAGUGAUCUAAAAGCAGCCUAUGAUUGUCAUUCUGGUCUUUCCUCACUAAGACUUCCUUCUUCCUAUUUGCUGACUUUUCUUUCCAUCAGGAAAUUAUUCUACGAGAUGUUAAAAAUGUCAUUUCCAUAUCAUAUUAUUAUUUUUGGGUGAGGGGAGAGAUGUGAUACUAGUAUGUGUGUGUAUGUGUGUUUUAAGUGCAGUUGAACCUGAAAUAAUGAAAACCUAGAACCAAGUAUCUAACAGAAGAUGUGCUAUUGUGGCAGGGAAGGAGGAGAGUCGAGGAUGUUCUGGCCAGAGGUCUUUAUAGGGAAAGUACCUUAAAGAUUUUGGGGGGAGCUAUAGGAGGAUAAAAAAUAACUUUUUGUGACUACUAAUUAUAUCUAAAGGUAUUAAAAAAGAAAACAGUGAUACUUUAUAUUCAGAUUACUAUGUGCCAGGCACUGGGCUAAAUGCUUUACAGAAAUUAACUCUCAUAAUUAUUACCACAAUCUGAUGAGGUAAAUACUGCCAUUGCCCUCACUUUUCAGAUGAAGAAAAAGAGGCACAGAGCUCUUUAAGUAACUUGCUGAAGGUCACACUCUUCGCUGGUACCAGGCUGUGAUGUACACUCAGGUUAAUCAGGACACCAGCCAGUGUGCUUAUUCCUUACGUGAAAUUUUCUGGAAUAGAUGUUCUCAUGUACUCAUAGAUGACCUGCAGAGAAACGUCUCCUGAUUUUGUCUUACAAUGGAACUUAAAAAGUCACCUGACGGUGGAUGGGGCUGGGUGAUUGUGUUUGUCUCCUUCUUUACUCAGUUUUUGUGUUACGGAUCCCCGCUAGCUGUUGGAGUCCUGUACAUAGAAUGGCUGGAUGCCUUUGGUGAAGGGAAAGGAAAAACAGCCUGGGUUGGAUCCCUGGCAAGUGGAGUUGGCUUGCUUGCAAGUCCUGUCUGCAGUCUGUGUGUCUCAUCUUUUGGAGCAAGACCCGUCACAAUCUUCAGUGGCUUCAUGGUGGCUGGAGGCCUGAUGUUGAGCAGUUUUGCUCCGAAUAUCUACUUUCUGUUUUUUUCCUAUGGCAUUGUUGUAGGUCUUGGAUGUGGUUUAUUAUACACUGCAACAGUGACCAUUACGUGCCAGUAUUUUGACGAUCGCCGAGGCCUAGCGCUUGGCCUGAUUUCAACAGGUUCAAGCGUUGGCCUUUUCAUAUAUGCUGCUCUGCAGAGGAUGCUGGUUGAGUUCUAUGGACUGGAUGGAUGCUUGCUGAUUGUGGGUGCUUUGGCUUUAAAUAUAUUAGCCUGUGGCAGUCUGAUGAGACCCCUCCAAUCUUCUGAUUGUCCUUUGCCUAAAAAAAUAGCUCCAGAAGAUCUACCAGAUAAAUACUGCAUUUACAAUGAAAAAGGAAAGAAUCUGGAAGAAAACAUAAACAUUCUUGACAAGAGCUACAGUAGCGAGGAGAAAUGCAGGAGCACGUUAGCCAAUGGUGACUGGAAACAAGAGAGCCUACUUCUUAAAAACCCCACAGUGACACACACAAAAGAGCCUGAAACGUACAAAAAGAAAGUUGCAGAACAGACAUAUUUUUGCAAACAGCUUGCCAAAAGGAAGUGGCAGUUAUAUAAAAACUACUGUGGAGAAACUGUGGCUCUUUUUAAAAACAAAGUAUUUUCAGCCCUUUUCAUUGCUAUCUUACUCUUUGACAUCGGAGGGUUUCCACCUUCAUUACUUAUGGAAGAUGUAGCAAGAAGUUCAAAUGUGAAAGAAGAAGAGUUUAUUAUGCCACUUAUUUCCAUUAUAGGCAUUAUGACAGCAGUUGGUAAACUGCUUUUAGGGAUACUGGCUGACUUCAAGUGGAUUAAUACCUUGUAUCUUUAUGUUGCUACCUUAAUCAUCAUGGGCCUCGCCUUGUGUGCAAUUCCAUUUGCCAAAAGCUAUGUCACACUGGCGUUGCUUUCUGCGAUUCUAGGGUUUUUUACUGGUAAUUGGUCCAUCUUUCCAUAUGUGACCACAAAGACUGUAGGAAUUGAAAAAUUAGCCCAUGCCUAUGGGAUAUUAAUGUUUUUUGCUGGACUUGGAAAUAGCCUUGGACCACCCAUCGUUGGUUGGUUUUAUGACUGGACCCAGACCUAUGACAUUGCAUUUUAUUUUAGUGGCUUCUGCGUCCUGCUGGGAGGUUUUAUUCUGCUGCUGGCAGCCUUGCCUUCUUGGAAUACAUGCAACAAGCAACUCCCCAAGCCAGCUCCAACAACUUUCUUGUACAAAGUUGCCUCUAAUGUUUAGAGGAAUAUUGGAAGACACUAUUUUUGCUAUUUUAUACCAUAUAGCAACAAUAUUUUAACAGAUUCUCAAGCAAAUUUUCUAGAGUCAAGAUUAUUUUCUUAUAGCAAAAUUUCACAAUGGAUGACUCUGAGUGAAUUAUUAUUGUUUUUUACAUAUCCUAUUUUUUAUGUAGUGUAUGCGUAGCCUCUAUCUCAUGUAUUUUUUUCUCUUUCUCCUCCCCGCAUCAUCAAUGGGACUAUUCUAUUUUACUGUUGUUCACUAGUUCUUAACAUUGUAAAAAGUUUGACCAGCCUCACAAAGCUUUCUCUAUCUAAAGAAGUAUAAUUUCUCUGCCGACUCCAUUUAUUCCACUGCAAGGCACCUAGAGAGACCACUCCUAUUUUAAAAGUGAUGCAAGCAGCAUGAUAAGAUAUGUGUGAAGCCCACUAGGAAAUAAAUCAUUCUCUUCUCUAUGUUUGACUUGCUAGUAAACAGAAGACUUCAAGCCAGCCAGGAAAUUAAAGUGGUUACUAAAACAGCCUUAAGAAUUGCAGUGGAACAAAUUGGUCAUUUUUUAAAAAAAAGUUAUUUUAACCUACAGUCACCAGUUUUCAUUAUUCUGUUUUAUUUACCUCACUGAAGUACUCGCAUGUUGUUUGGUACCCACUGAGCAUACACUGUUUCAGUCCCUAAGGUGUUUGCUGAGAUGUGGGUGAACUCCAAAUGGAGGAGUAGUCACUGUAGACUUUCUUCAUGGUUGGCCACUCCAGCCUUGCUCACUUUUGUUUCUUGACCAUCCACUCAGCUGAUGUUUCCCGGGAAGUGCUAAUUUUACCUGUUUCCAAAUUGGAAACACAUUUCUCAAUCAUUCCAUUCUGGCAAAUGGGAACCAUCCAUUUGCUUUGGGCACAGUGGGGAUGGGUUGCAAGUUCUUGCGUAUCCUCCCGGUGAAGCAGUUAUUUGCUACUAUCGGAUUUUACCACUAUCAAAUUUAAUUCAAGGGCAGAACUAAAAGUGAGUGUGUGUGUGUGUGUGUGUGUGUGUGCGCGCAUGUGCUAUGCAUGCUCUAAGUCUCCGUGGGAUAUGGGAAUGGAAAAGGGCAAUAAGAAAUUCAUACCCUUAUUCAAUUGCAUUUAACCUUAAGAAAAAUGUCCUUGGGAUAAACUCCAAUGUUUAAUACAUUGAUUUUUUUCCUAAAGAAAUGGGUUUUAAACUUUGGUGUGCAUCAGAAUCCUCUGCAGAUCUUUUUGAAAAUAUAGGUGCCUGGGUAUCAUGUGUGGAACUUUUAAUUCUGCUGGUGUAGGCUGUUGCCCAAGCAUCUAUCAUUUUAUUGAGCUCUUCGAGUGAUUCUGAUAACACAGCCUUGAUUGAGAGUUUUUAUAAGAUUGGCAAUGGAAAAACAUUUAUUCUUUUAAAUAAUAAUUUUCUAAAAACCCAAGAGGUCAGGGUUUUUUAUAAACAAAUAGCCAAGUGUUCUUUAAAUAGGAGGCACCCUUCCCAUUGUGCCAAAAUCAUCUUUUCAUUUCUUUUGAAAUAUGUAUGGUUAUUUUAUACUUGUAUGUUGCCUUUCUUUGAAGGCGCCUGAAGCACUUUAUAAGCACGAAUCCUCACAGUAUCUCUGUGAGGUAGGUAAAUAGUACUUUUCUAUGUAGUAAACCUGGAGUAUGGAGAAUUUCCUAACAGUUCAUUCUACUUAAUAAUGCAAUAAUGGAGCUCCAAGAUGUCUUGGACUUCUACACCACACUCAGACUUCUGGAAAGUUUUCCGUACCUCAUUCUUUAGUCCCUGUCAAGGUUAGUAAAUAAAAUAAGUGACAUUAAAAAAACAAAAAAAAAACAAAAAAA